GGAACUGUCCCAGUCCUCAAUUCAUGCUCUAGUCCAAAAAAUCAAACAAAAGAUGUUCUCAAACACAGAUCUCUAUUCGUUUAUUUCUCCUUCUGCCUAUGACACUGCAUGGUUAGCCAUGAUUCCAGACCCCCACCAGCCUGAUCGUCCAAUGUUUGCGGAGUGCUUGGAUUGGGUGCUCAACAGCCAGAGAGAAGAAGGGUUUUGGGGAGAGUUUGAUGGCUACGGCGUGCCCACCAUUGAUUGUCUUCCUGCAACACUUGCCUGCAUGGUUGCACUCAAAAGGUGGAAUGUGGGGGCCAAAAGUAUAGACAAAGGAAUGGCAUUUAUUCAUGCGAAUGCAGAGAAGCUUCUUGAAGAAAAGUACAAUCCCUGUCCUCGGUGGUUUGCCAUUGUUUUCCCUGCAAUGGUUGAGCUUGCAGGUUCAGUUGGCCUAGAGAUAAUCCUCUCAGACGGAUUAAAAGCAACGGUGGCAAAAAUAUUCAACCAGAGGCUGCAAAUUCUCAACACGGAAGAACUGGUGGACAAAUACCAUUAUCCUCCAUUAAUAUCAUAUCUGGAAGCCUUGCCUUCCUGGUAUGAUAUUAGUCGUGAAGACAUAGUCAAGCACUUGAGCGAUGAUGGCUCAAUUUUCCAAUCACCUUCUGCCACUGCUCGUGCAUUUAUGGUUUCAGGAAAGGAAGAGUGUGUGGCCUACCUCCAAUCUCUUCUUCAAAGAUGCCCUGCUGGAGUUCCACCAAUAUAUCCCAUGGAUGAAGAGCUUGUAAAGCUUUCCAUGGUCAAUCAAUUACAAAGAUUGGGGUUGGCCCAGCAAUUCGUUGAGGAGAUUGACGAAAUAUUAUCAGUGGUUCACAGGAGUUACAUGAAUCGAGAACGUGGAGCCAGACAAAUUAAUUUUGUACCAGCUCAGCUAUACAAGGAUUCUUUGGCAUUUCGCCUCCUGAGGAUGCAUGGUCAUAGUGUAUCUCCGUGGAGUUUUUGAUGGUUUCUUCAUCAUGAAGACAUUAAAGAUCAUAUUAAAAACAACAGCGAACACUUGUCAAGUGUACUGUUAAAUGUUUACAGAGCUACUGAUCUUAUGUUUUCAGGAGAAUAUGAGCUUGAGGAGGCAAGAUCUUUUUCCAGGAAUUUACUGGAGAAAAGCAUAUCAUUGAGGCAUAUACAUGACAAUGACAAUCUUGUUGUCUUCCCUCAUUUCCGGAGAAUGAUUGAGCAAGAGCUGAGUCUUCCAUGGACUGCCCGGCUGGAUUAUCUGGAUCACAGGAAGUGGAUUGAAGUAAAUGAAAUCGACACUCUAUGGAUGGGAAAAGCCUCCUUCUACAGGUUAUCUUGUCUUCAUGAGGAUGAUCUAAUCCGACUUGCAACGGAAAACUACAAGUUUCGGCAGUCAAUCUACAAUAAGGAGUUGGUGGAAGUAAGUAGGUGGUCCAAGGACUUGGGUCUCAGCAAUAUGGGAUUUGGUAGGGAAAAAACUACAUACUGUUACUUUGCUUCUGCUGCUGCCAGCAGUUCACAGCUGCCUCACCAUUCGGAAGUACGGUUAGUAGUUGCAAAGGUCGCAAUACUAAUCACUGUUGCAGAUGAUUUUUUCGAUAUGCAAGGUUCUCUGGAUGAGUUGGAAAGCCUAACUGAGGCAGUCCGAAGAUGGGAUGGCCGUGGCUUGACCGGCCACAGCGAGGUUAUCUUUAAGGCCCUUGAUAAUCUUGUCAAUGACAUUGCUGGCAAAUACAUCCAUCAACAGGGAGGGGAAUGUGACAUAGCCAAAAUUCUUCAUGAUAUGUGGUAUGAAGCGUUUUCUUCAUGGCUGACGGAAGCUAAGUGGAGCAAAAGCGGGUACAUACCAUCUACUGAAGAAUACCUUCGGACUGGCAUGAUAUCCAUUGCAGCACAUACUGUGGCUCUGCAAGGUUCAUGUUUCUUGAACCCCAGCUUACCAAUUUACAAACUUACACCUACUCAGUACGAACCUGUCACAAAAUUGCUAAUGGUCAUAACUCGUCUGUUGAAUGACAUACAAAGCUACCAGAAGGAGCAAGUGGAUGGGAAGACGAACCUUGUGCUGCUUCACAAGAAAGAAAACCCAGAAACAGAUAUUGAAGAUUCAAUUUCUUACGUGAGAGGAAUACUGGAUGAGAAGAAGAAAGAGCUACUUGAACAUGUUCUUUCAGAUGGCUUAAGUGAUUUACCCAAGUCAUGCAAACAUAUUCACCUAUCAUGUAUGAAAGUAUUUCAGAUGUUCUUCAACUCUGGCAAUGAAUUCGACUCCAACACCAGCGAAAUGCUUGAAGACAUCAAACAAGCCAUAUACAUUCCUUUGGAAUUUCAGACCUCAAAGCCAUCUAUAAAGCCUCUACCUCUUCCCUCAGAACGAAAGAAGGGAUUUCCAAAGGUCAAUGCUAUUUUGGGUCCAACUUUCAAGAAUCAAACCAUCAGAAGUUUCACUGCACAUUCCAUUCCUUUGCCUAUGCCAAGAGUUGCAUAUGGAAAAAUGUUCAUGCCCCUAAAAUUCAAGACAUGCUUUAUUUGAA